UUGCAGGCUGAUUGCUGAUGGAAACGUGAUUGGUCACAGGACUGAAAAUCGCGAGUAUUUCUCUCCUCUCCGUGUCUGUCAAACAGCCGGAAGGGGCUAAGGUAAAAGCACCAGUGUGCACUUUCUCCUGGUUAUUGCUGGUUUUCUAGGGGGACCGACUACACGGACUGCAUCCUCCAGCAGCAGCAGCAGCAGCAGCACCCACCCCUCAGCACGGUGAUGCAUCCCCGCGGCAAGGACACGGACAACUCCUCCACAGAGUCGUCUCCACUUUAGGAUGGUGAAGAAAUCUCUCAACGGCGGGGUUUACCCAACUCAAGCCGGAGAGAAGAAGCACAAAGUCGGCUUCGUUGGAUUGGACCCGGGAGCUCCGGAAUCCAGCAGGGAUGGGGCGCUGCUCAUUGCGGGAUCUGAGAGCACCAAGAGGAGCAGCAUCCUCUGCAGACCGAGGUCCAGCAUCUCCGCAGGUAGACCCAGACCGUCUAAGAAAAACGCCAGCUAUCGGAAACUACAGAAUUUCCUUUAUAAUGCGCUGGAGAGACCGCGGGGAUGGGCGUUCAUCUACCACGCUUAUGUCUUCCUCUUGGUCUUCUCCUGUCUCAUCCUUUCAGUCUUUGCUACCAUCAAAGAGUUCAAAAACAGCUCAGAGAGUGCCUUGUACAUCCUGGAAAUUGUGACCAUUGUGGUGUUUGGAGUAGAGUACAUAGUGAGGAUAUGGGCUGCCGGCUGCUGCUGUCGCUACAGAGGAUGGAGAGGGAGGCUAAAAUUUGCCAGAAAGCCUUUUUGUGUCAUAGACAUCAUGGUGCUGAUUGCCUCAGUGUCCGUGCUAGCUGCUGGAUCUCAGGGCAAUGUUUUUGCCACCUCGGCCAUCAGGAGUUUAAGGUUUCUGCAGAUCCUUCGCAUGCUGCGUAUGGACCGCCGAGGAGGCACCUGGAAGCUGCUCGGAUCUGUCGUCUACGCCCACAGCAAGGAGCUCAUCACUGCGUGGUACAUCGGCUUCCUGUGUCUCAUCCUGGCUUCAUUUCUGGUCUAUUCUGUGGAGAAGGAGUCCAAUGAUGAGUUUGAGACGUAUGCUGAUGCUCUUUGGUGGGGUCUGAUCACUCUCACCACUAUUGGUUAUGGGGAUAAGGUGCCAAAGACCUGGAAUGGACGCUUGUUGGCAGCCACAUUCAGCAUGAUUGGGGUGGCCUUCUUUGCGCUUCCUGCUGGAAUUCUGGGUUCUGGUUUUGCCCUCAAAGUGCAGGAGCAACAUCGGCAGAAACAUUUUGAGAAGAGACGUAACCCUGCAGCAGGACUCAUACAGGCUGCUUGGAGGUUUUAUGCCACCAACCUUUCCCGUACAGAUCUGCUGUGCACCUGGGAUUUUUAUGAGCAGACUGUAGCCAUUCCAAUGUACAGAUUCAUCCCACCUCUGAAUCAGCUGGACCUGCUGAGGAAUCUGAAGGGGAAGACGUUCAGGAAGGAGUCUCAGACAGAAACCUCACCCAGUAAUGAAAAUGCACACAAAGACAGACUUUGCGGGUGCUGUCCGAGAACUAUUAGUCGGAAGGCCAGCCUAAAGGACAAGGUGUUCCCGAGUCCUUCCAAGGCUCCCAUGGUCAAAGGGAAGGUUCAGUCUCCAGGGGCUGAGGACGGGGCCGAGGGGAGUCCCAGCAAGGUCACCAAGAGCUGGAGCUUCAACGAGAAGAACAGAACGCCAAAGCAUGCUUUCAAAGUUAAAGGCGGCACCUCACGCCAAAACUCAGAGGAGGCGAGCCUCCCAGGAGAGGAAAUCGGUGAUGAUAAGAGCUGCCACUGUGAGUUUCUCCCUCAAGAAUUACCGCCAGGCCUGAAGGUCACAAUAAGGGCGAUUUGCAUCAUGAGGUUUCUGGUGUCAAAGAGGAGGUUCAAAGAGAGCCUGCGGCCGUACGAUGUCAUGGAUGUGAUAGAGCAAUACUCUGCAGGUCACCUGGACAUGCUGUCUCGCAUUAAAAACCUGCAGGCCAGAGUUGACCAGAUAGUUGGUAAAGGUGCUAAACCUGAUGGGGAGGCAGUCGACGAUCCUAGCAUGAUGGGACGCCUGGUCAAAGUGGAAAAACAGGUGCUCUGUAUGGACAGGAAACUUGACUUCCUGGUCAAUGUGUACGUGCAGCGUAUGGGUAUCCCCCGAUCAGAAACAGAGGCCUUUUUCAAUUCCAAAGAGCCGUAUCCAGCUCCGCCUUACCACAGCCCUGAGGAGAGCAAGCUGGAGAAGGAGGAGAAAGAGGAGGUGAAGGAAGAGAAGGAGGUGAAGUCAUGCUCGCCUGCAGACGUCCCGUGCUCUGAUGGGUCUUUGGAUAAGAGAGAUCCUCUGCUGGGUCGGUCUGUGGUGAUUUCAGUGGGCACUCCUUCUGCCAGCCACAGCCGGCCGUCUACCUCCUGGCAGCAUCAGCUGCAGCACCCUCUCAGCCAGCCUGCCUGGAACAGCAGUGUGGCCAACACUCCUUCACCAGUCGGUGGCGAUCAUUCGCCCACUCUUUUCCGCCUCCCACCACCGCCCGUCCAUGACAGAUCCUCCUCUGGUCAGGGCGGCAGCGGCAGAGAGAGCUCCCAGAGCAGGAGGCGCCACAGGAGGCAGAGGUGUCAGCAGGAUGCUACCGCCGUGGAGAGCGACACGUCCCUAUCCAUCCCGUCUGUUGACCACGAGGAGCUGGAGCGCUCAUUCAGCGGUUUCAGCAUCUCCCAGGCCAAGGAGGACUUCUUUGGACCAUCUUUCUUUGCAGGCUCAGGAGGCGGAGCAGCAGCAGCAGGGACUGAAGCAGCAGCGGGACCUUCACUCUGUGCCCGGGUCAGACCCUUCAUAGCUGAGGGAGAAUCAGACACAGACUCCGACCUGUACGCUCCCUCCCCGCUGUCCUUCACCGGAGAGGUGUCAGGAGGAGAGAGGGCAUGGCCAGGGCUGAAGUAGGUCAGGGAGGACUCCUCUGCCUGGAGAGAGCCUUGUACUGAAAGGGAUUCAGUUCAGCGAAAGGCCUGGCAUAAGAACUCGUAGCCAAAUGACUGACUGUUUUUGCUGACAACGCUACUACAGACCAUUUAAGGUUAAAGGGGAAGUUUGGUAUUUUUGAGAAGGGGUUGUGUGAGAUACUUGGCAGUAAUCAGUAUAUAAGCCACAGGAGAUGUUGGUCAGCAGCGCCCCGUUAUGGAGAAACUGGUAGGAGUGAAGGCACAGAAGCUUGGCUAUGUAGUGAAACGCAGGUAUGAUUGUUCCUUCAAAUUGAAUUGAUUUCAAGCCUCUUUGUUUUAGCAUUGCUUUAGCACAAUACAUAGAAGGGCUGGGCAUUUAAUUGCAAAUUAGAUUAAAUCACAAUAUGGCCUGCUGCGAUUUACACAUCACAGAAGUUGCAAUAUUUCUUUAAAUGUGUC